UACAGAAAACACGUAAGCAUCGACGAGUGCUCGGCGCAGGCGGAGAAUGCUCAUUGUGAAGCAGACUAAAGCUCUUCCAGCUCCACUAGUACUGCUCACAUCUACCAGAGAACGAGUCCAAUCUGGGCCUAACCCUGUCCUGACUCCGGGCAUAUUCUACAGUAUACCCCGACACUGAGAAGACAACGGCACCGCGAUCUUCAGAGGACUUCGGAAGACCUUAUUUAGAGGAGUCGGAUAUCUGUAGAGGCGCAUCAACCUCUCAAACAAGAUGUUAGACCCGUCGUCCAGCGAAGAGGAAUCUGAUGGGAUAGUAGAGGAGGAAAGCAAAGAGGCGAUGGCACCCCAGGCCGGAUCCCGCAUCUCUCCAAGCAGGACCAGCGAGAGCUCGGGUGGACUGGCCCCAAGCAGCAGCCGCAGCAGUGCCCGUCCGACCAGCCCGAGCCCUUCAGCCGUCAGCGAGGAGAAAGAGGAUUUGGAGAAGCUGCAGAGGGAGGAAGAAGAGCGGAAAAAGAAGCUGCAAUUGUAUGUUUUUGUGAUGCGAUGCAUCGCUUAUCCAUUCAAUGCAAAACAGCCCACAGAUAUGGCCAGGCGACAGCAGAAGAUAACCAAGCAGCAGCUUCAGCAGACGAAGGAUCGCUUCCAGGCCUUCCUCAAUGGAGACACACAAAUUGUGGCAGAUGAGGCGUUCAUCAACGCUGUGCAGAGCUACUCUGAGGUGUUCUUGAAGAGUGACCGCGUGGCAAAAAUGGUCCAGAGUGGCGGUUUCUCGGCCAAUGAUUUCAGGGAAGUGUUCAAGAGGCACAUCGAGAAGCGUGUGAGGAGCCUCCCAGAAAUAGACGGUCUGAGCAAGGAGACGGUCCUCAGCUCCUGGAUGGCCAAGUUUGACACCAUAUACCGUGGCGAUGAAGAUCCACGUAAGGCACAGCAACGCAUGACUGCCAGCGCGGCGUCUGAGCUCAUCCUCAGCAAAGAUCAGCUCUACGAGAUGUUUCAGAAUAUUCUGGGUAUCAAAAAGUUUGAGCACCAGCUGCUUUACCAGGCCUGUCAGUUGGACAACCUGGAUGAGCAGGCUGCACAGAUCAGAAGAGAGCUGGAUGGUCGUCUUCAGAUGGCGGACCAGAUUGCCAGGGGUGGUAAGUUCCCCAAAUUUGUGUCUAAAGAAAUGGAAGCCAUGUACAUUGAGGAGCUCAAGUCAUCCGUGAAUCAGUUGAUGGCCAAUCUGGAGAGCAUGCCUGUCUCCAAGGGUGGGGAGUUCAAACUCCAGAAGCUGAAACGGGGACACAAUACCUCCAUCAUCGACAUGGGCCAGGAGGACGAGAACACGUUGUCCAAGUCUGAUGUGGUUCUGUCCUUUACUUUGGAGGUGGUAAUCAUGGAAGUGCAAGGGCUGAAGUCUUUGGCACCUAACAGGAUUGUCUACUGCACCAUGGAGGUGGAGGGAGGCGAGAAACUCCAGACUGACCAAGCUGAAGCAUCUAAGCCAACCUGGGGGACCCAAGGGGACUUCACCACCACACACCCUUUGCCUGCUGUCAAGGUGAAACUGUUUACAGAGAGCACAGGGGUACUGGCAUUGGAGGACAAAGAACUCGGCAGGGUUGUUCUUCACCCAACUCCUAACAGCCCCAAGCAGUCAGAGCUCCAUAAGAUGACUGUGACCAAGGCUUGCCCCGACCAAGAUCUGAAGAUCAAACUGGCCAUCCGCAUGGACAAACCACAGAACAUGAAGCACUGCGGGUAUCUGUGGGCAUUUGGGAAGAAUGUUUGGAAGCGCUGGAAGAAGCGUUUCUUCGUCCUCGUGCAGGUGAGUCAGUAUACAUUCGCCAUGUGCAGCUACAGAGAGAAAAAAUCAGAACCACAGGAGCUUCUCCAGCUGGAUGGUUAUACUGUGGACUACAGUGACCCCCAGCCAGGCUUGGAUGGCGGCAGGGCUUUCUUCAAUGCAGUGAAGGAGGGCGACACUGUGAUCUUUGCCAGCGAUGAUGAGCAGGACCGCAUCCUGUGGGUCCAGGCCAUGUAUCGUGCCACUGGCCAGUCCCACAAGCCCGUCCCACCCACUCAGGUCCAGAAACUAAACUCCAAAGGGGGCGUCUCAGCUCAAAUGGAUGCUCCCAUUUCUCAGUUCUCUGGACUCAAGGACGCUGACAGAGCUCAGAAACAUGGCAUGGAUGAGUUUAUCUCCGCUAACCCCUGUAGCUUUGACCACGCCUCGCUUUUUGAGAUGGUGCAGCGACUCACAUUGGACCACAGGCUCAAUGACACCUUCUGCUGCUUGGGAUGGUUCAGCCCGGGCCAGGUGUUUGUCUUGGAUGAAUACUGUGCCAGGAACGGGGUUCGAGGUUGUCACAGACAUCUGUGCUACCUGCGUGAUCUGCUGGAAAGGGCAGAGAAUGGGGCGAUUAUCGACCCCACUCUUCUACACUACAGCUUCGCUUUCUGUGCCUCCCAUGUCCACGGGAACAGAGAGGGCAGCAAUUACUGGGGGCCACUGGGCUAUGAGGCUCUACAGUCUCCAAAGAGCUCCCAAAGCCCAGAUCCCAGUACUGCCAGUAAACGGCCACGCAUGUUCAAGUUUAGAAAGAGAAAGGAUUCCAAAAUACCACUCUGUCAAGGCCCCAAAAGGCCAGAUGGGCUGAGCACAGUGAAAGUGGAUGAGAAGGAGCGCUUUGAGGACAUCAAGGAGCGGUUGCGUGUGAUAUUGGAAAACCAGAUUGUAAAUUUCAGAUAUUUUUUCCCCUUCGGUCGUCCAGAGGGUGCACUGAAGGCCACUUUAUCUUUGCUGGAGAGGGUCUUGAUGAAGGACAUCGUGACUCCAGUUCCACCAGAAGAAGUUAAAGGAGUUAUCCGCAAAUGUUUGGAGCAGGCUGCUCAGCUCAACUACCAGCGGAUUAAAGAUUAUGCUAAAAUCGAAGUUGAGAAAGGUCAAAAGGAUCAGAAGGAUCCAGAGAAUGUAGGCCGCUUAGUCACGCCUGCCAAAAAGCUGGAGGAAACAAUUCGCCUGGCGGAGUUAGUCAUAGAGGUCCUCCAGCAGAACCAGGAACACCAUGCGGAGGCGGCAGUCACAAGUUCUGGAGAUCAAUCGCAGGGAAAAGAGGCAUUUGCGUGGUGGACGGACCUCAUGGUGGAGCAUGCAGAAAACUUCCUGGCCCUCUACGCCAUCGACAUGGAUGCCGCUCUGGAGAUCCAGUCCCCUGAGAGCUGGGACAGCUUCCCUCUCUUUCAGCUGCUCAAUGACUUCCUCCGGACAGACUACCAUCUGUGCAAUGGAAAGUUCCACAAACACCUCCAGGAUCUGUAUGCUCCUCUGGUGGUUAGAUAUGUGGAUCUGAUGGAGUCCUCCAUCGCACAGUCAAUUCACAAGGGCUUUGAGAGAGAGUCCUGGGAACCUGUAAAGAGUUUAACAAGUAAUCUGCCCAAUGUGAAUCUACCAAAUGUGAACCUCCAAAUUCCCAAAGUACCAAAUCUGCCAGUGCCAGUAGCAGGACUAUCAGUUAACCUUCCACAAAUGCCUAGCUUUUCUACCCCGUCAUGGAUGGCUGCUAUAUAUGACUCUGAUAACGGCUCUGGGACGUCGGAGGACCUCUUCUGGAAGCUAGACGCCCUCCAGACCUUCAUCAGGGACCUGCACUGGCCGGAAGAGGAGUUCGCCAAACACCUCGAGAGUCGCAUUAAACUAAUGUCGAGCAACAUGAUCGAGAACUGCGUGAAGCGCACUCGGAUGGCAUUUGAGUCCAAGCUGACAAAGAGCAGCAAGUCUACAGAUUUCCGCAUUUCUCCAACAUUAUGCACCAUGUUCAAUGUGAUGGUGGAUGCCAAGGACCAAUCAGCUAAAUUGUGUGCGAUGGAAAUGGGCCAGGAGAAACAGUUCCACUCCCAAAUAGACGAUCUGAUCGAGGAAAGCGUGAAGGACAUGAUCCAGCUCCUGGUUGCAAAGUUUGUUGCAAUUCUGGAAGGUGUUUUGGCAAAGAUUUCCAGAUAUGACGAGGGCACUCUCUUCUCCUCAUUCCUUUCAUUCACGGUGAAAGCUGCCUCAAAAUAUGUGGAUGUACCUAAGCCAGGAAUGGACGUGGCCGAUGGCUAUGUGACCUUUGUGCGCCACUCUCAGGAUAUGCUUCGUGAUAAGGUCAAUGAGGAGGUGUAUAUAGAAAGGUUAUUUGAUCAAUGGUACACUGCCACGAUGAACCUUCUGGGGACCUGGCUCACUGAGCGCAUGGAUCAGCAGCUGCACGUCUACCAACUAAAAAUCCUUAUCAGGAUUACAAAGAAAAAGUACCGGGACUUUCGCCUGCAGGGUGUACUCGACUCCACCCUGAACAGUAAGAUGUACGACACAGUGCGCAAUAGGCUGACUGUGGAGGAGGCCACUGCUUCAGUGAGGGAAGGAGGCAUGCAGGGCAUCUCCAUGAAGGACAGCGAUGAGGAGGAUGAAGAGGACGACUAGAGCCUGUGCACUGACACUCCAGACCCCCUCCCCGUUCCUGAACCCUUCACCCUGACCCCUUUCACACUUUUGACUUUAGCCUGGUUACCGAUGCAUGUACCAACUCAGAUAGCCACUCUAGGACCUCUUUGUCAGCUCGAAAUGCCUAUGAAGGAACUAUAACUAUAAAAAAAAUAGUACUUAUACUGAGGAAACUCAAAAUAAAAAUGUAAAAAAAAAAAAAUAACCAUGAUUGGCAGUUUAGCUGUGUCAUGAUAAAGAUAGCACCUAUCUGAUUCAUUCAUUUCUAAAUUCAUUUCUAUGUGUUACUAAGCAAUAUGGAGAACCAUUUGUUUGACAAUGUUGAGUGAGAUUAAUAGGUGUGUCCCUGUCCAAUGCAAACCUAUAUGGCGCUUCUUUGUCGUAUUCUACAUUCAUUAAUGGUACAUUGUCGUGAUGAUGAGUGUGUGGACCCUUUUAUUUGUCUUGUCUGUUUUUAAGUGAAUGCCAACUGCUUCAAACUGAAAAUAAACCUCUGUAUUUGUUUACGGCUGUUACAGAUAAACUGUUGUCUACUCACUGUUAUUAACAUCAACAGUAAGUCAAGACCUGCAUUUUUAUCAUGUGUCAAUGCUAUGUGAUCUCAUCUCAAUUACCAAUUAGACAUGGUUCAACAGGAACCUUGAACUUAAAAGAGUGGGUACUCUAUAGAGAUGCAAUAUUCUCAUAGCUCCAUUUUGAUAACUUGGGAGAUUCUAUUUUUAUUUCAACAUUAAAAGGCCUUGAAACAGGUUCUAUUUUAAUUGAGUUGCACUUUUACAGAGAAAAGAGCAAAAUAAUUUUUUUUAUUAAAAAAAAAGUUGGUCUGUCUUUGUUCUGUAAUUGUGUAGAAUGAGAUGUCUGGCAUUUGUUUGGGUCUCACUGUUGUUUUGUAUAUAUUAUAUAAAUAUAUAUAUAAAUAUAAAAUGCUGUACAUUGCAUUCUGAGCCAUCGCUGCAUGCCUGUGGGUUCCCACCCUCCCCAAACGCUUUCUGUUUUCUGUGUGAAUUAGCUGGUGGAUUCAUUCUUGCUUUUGCCUUAUGAAAGCCAACAGUUGUAAUAUGCAAGAGCUGUGGCCUCGAAAUAAAAAUUACUGUACAUGUGCA